AUGGUUUCAAUAGCAAUCGCAACACAAGAAUCAAAUGAUGAUUUCAUGUAUAAUAUUAAUAACAAUAACAAUAAAAUUGUUCCAGAUAAAAAGAAAGAAGAUGAAACUGUUUUUUCAGACAGUAUAGAGGCGAUGCUCAGUACCAUUGCCAAAGCCAUUGAAGCUUCUAAUCAGACCAAAGAUCGUGUUAUCAAUUUGCUCUUAGGAAGAACCGGUGCUGGAAAGACCACUACCACUCAUUAUCUCAGUGGAGAGAAAAUGGUUCUCAAAGAUAUCAAGACUGUUGUCGAUGUGGGAGGUGGUAUGAUCGAAACAUCGAUCAAGAAGAAGAUAGAUGUCGAAAAUCCCAAUGCCAAAGGAGGUCCCAUUGGCCAUGAGAAGAAAUCGGAAACCAAGGUAAUCUCCUGUAAAUCUACUCCAGGUGGUGAUCUCUUUGUCGAUACUCCAGGUGCUUUGGAUGACCAAGGUCCUGCCGUCGAUCUUGCUCAUUCGAUUGGUGUCACCAAAGGUCUCCAUUCAGCCAAAGCAGUUCGUCCCGUCAUUGUCCUAGACAAAGAUACAAUCUCCGCUAUUCGAGGACCAGAGUUUGGCCAGAUUCUCGAUUUCUCUUCUAAUCUAAUUGAAAGAAUCCAAGAAAGAUUGGGUUCAUUCUCAGUGUUGUUCACUCAUUAUGAUUGUAGUAAAUCAUCAGAGGUAGAAAACUACACUACAAUCAAGGAAAAUUUACUUGACCAAAUCAAAUUCGAGAAUGCAAAAGAUCAAAGCAGCAACAGAGCUAUUCUCCUACGUUUCAUUUACACAGGAGUAGCAACUAAGAUUAACUUCCUUACUGUUGGUGGCCAACCCGAAGGUGUAUAUGUUCACAUUGUAAAUCCACUCAAUCCAGAUGGUGUCCAAGAGAUCCUUUCAAUGAUUAAGAGUCGUCCACCAAUUGAGAAUCCCAGUCAAGUGUUCAAGUACAAUAUAUCUAAUGCUUCAAAGACAUAUAUUGAUAAUGAAUGUGUUACACUUCAGUACAAAAUCAGUCAGUCCAUUGAUGUUGGUGAAUAUUCACAAGCAGUGGAGUGUUUGGAUCUAAUCAAAUUGUUGGCAAUUAAACUUGACUUAAAGUCUUUGAAAGAAUCGUACAAGGUAUCUCUUGCUGGAUUUGCGAAACAUUACAAUCAACUUUCAGUUGAUGUCAAGUCAUAUCUCGGUGGUGCUUUGACACCAGCUGGUUCACUUUCGAUUGAACAUUUAGAAUCUCGUUUAUCAUCAAUCAGAUUGAUUGAUCAUCUCAUGAAAAACCGAAAGGACGAAGAGAAAACACAUUUUACAAAUGAUAUUGAAUCUUAUGAUCAUGUAGUUCAAUGUCUAUUUCAAAGUUCGAAUGAUUUUGAACGUUCAUUGAAUACAAUCACUUCAUUUGCUGUUCUCAAAGAUCAAAUCGUUAAACUUCAUUCACUUUCAGAUUUCAAUGAUGUAUUCACACCUUCCAAAACCAAUGCAAUCAAAUCAUUGACAAACAGAAUUAAUGAUUUAUUGGAAGAUACAAUCAAUGAAAUCAGAUCCCAUAAUUGGGAGAUUUCAUUCAAUUCGAUCCAAUCAAUUCAACAAUCAAAUUGUAUUCAAGAGUUUAUCAAAAUUCAAAUUGAAAAUGAAGUUCAAACUUUGAUUAGUUCAAUAAUCAAAAUAAUUGAAAUUUCAAGUGAAUUCAUUAAUCAAAUAUUGAAUAGAGAAGGUAGUCUAUCUCUUCAUGAUUUAGGUAGAGUAAGAGAUCAUUGGGCGGUAAUUCAAACUUCAUCUUCAUUCAAACCACUCAGUAAAUUGUUGGAAAUCAAAAUUGAAGAAGUUUAUUACUCUCCAAUUGUUGAUUCUAUUGCCAAAUAUACCAAUGACAUCCUUAAUAAUCUAUCAGAUCCAGCUGGUUUGGUUUCCUCUCUUGAAAAAGUUUCAAUUCUUCAAAAUUUGGAUGCAAAGAUCAAUGAUCGCACUUCAAAUUCUUAUAGAUUGGCACUUCGCACAAUUAAUGAUAAAGUUAAAUCUAUGAAGGAGGAAAUUUGUUUAUCACUCAAGGUUACUAGUGAUCAAAUUACUCUCCAAAGAUUAUUCAACAAACUUUGCGAGAUCAAAAAACUCUCACCGAUGGAUCCACAUUUUUCAGAACCUAUAUGUAUGAUAACCUACCUCCAAACCAUUGAAGAGAUUCGUCUUUUCAUUAUUGGUGUUGAGGAUGCAAUCGUUGAUUCAUUCUCUCAUAAUAAUCUUCCACUUUCAAAUUCACUCUCACAAUCACUUCACUAUCUAAUCAGACCGAUAGAAUUUGGUCAGAAUGCAUGCCAAGAAGAACAACAAUUGUCUGUUUGCAUUGAAAAUACAAAGAAUCAUGUAAAGGAAUUGGUUUCAAGUAUUUGUAAUAUCAAUUUGGAGAUUAUUACAAAUGGACAAUGGUCAACACUAUCCAAACAGCUUGAAAAACUUGCCAUUUUCAGAUAUAAUCAAAUGUGUUCUACUUCAUCAACUAUCACGACCAUUGAAACAAAGAUUGUUGAACAUUGUACAACAAAAUGGGAACAAUCAUCAAGGUAUAUCUCAUCGAACGAUUAUAAAUCGGCAUAUGAUAGUUUAAAUCAACUUCAAAGAGCAAAAAAGUUUGAUAAUAUCAAAACAAUAAUCAGUGACGACAAGUAUUCUGAAAUUGAAGAAACACUUCGUCGUUCAAUCUCCAACUUCCUUUCAAAGAUGAGAUCAUUCAUUGAUGAUGGUAAAUUUAAUGAAUUUAGACUUCUCCAACCCCAACUUAAUUGUUUAGUGGAUCUUGAACAUUAUUAUCCCUCUCUCAAUACAAUCGUUUAUGAAAUUAAUAACCAAUUUAGAGAGUAUCAGAAUGGUUUAUUGACAUCAUUUAGUGAGAAGAUCACUACUCGGAACUACUCAAGUCUCAAAGACACUUUUCUCAAUCUUCCUGAAGACUCUAGAGUUCGAGUUGAUCUUCUCACUCAAAUUAUCAAUGUUCUCAGAAAUGAUGAACAGAUCAUCAUGAUAUUUGUCAGUCAAAUCGAACAAAUGAGAGUCGAUAAAGAUAAAUUUUCUAAAUCAUUAUCCUCUUUUAAUAGUGGAUCAAUUCUAUCUUCAAUUCUCCCAGAAGAACACAAUUUCGAGAGACGGUUGAAGAAUAUCGAAGAUAUUAUCAUCAAACAGAUUAAACUCAUUGUUGACAAACUCAAAGGUUCAGUUGCUAUUCAUGAUUUCUAUUCAGUUGAUCAAUAUUCCAAUUAUAUUCAAACUCUGUGCCAACAAUUGAGAUAUUGUUUAUCAUUUGGAAAUCAAAUCAAUGAUAUUACACAUCAAGUAGACUCAAUUGUCAGAGAAUCCCUUGACAAUAUCAAUGAAAAGAUGUUUGAAGAGAAACAAUUUUUCUCGAUUUCAGCAAUCAUCAAUGGUUUGAAGAAAGUCAGCAACAACUACACUUUUGUUCUUAAACUUCAACAGAUUGAAAACUUUUUCUUCAAUCAUAUUGUAAAGAGAUCAGAUUCUGUCAGAAAAAUGAUCAAUGAUGGUCUUAUCAUUGAAGCAAGAUCGAAUGUUAAAAAUAUUGAAAGUGAUAUUCAAAAUAUUUCAGGACUAAUUGCCACAACUCAAACCUCAACUAUAUUAGAAGAAUUGAGGAACUUUGUUGCAGAAUUCGAAUCUCUUAGAUCUAACAAUAUUGCUUCUAUUAUCAAAUCAGGCAAUUUUGAUAGUAUCACAGAGAAAGAUUUGGACUCUCAAACAAUUAAGAAUCUCAAAGAUAAGAUUCUUGAAUGUUUAUCUUCAAUUCAAAGAGAUCUUUCACCACCAAGAUUUGAACAAGUUGCUGAAAAUCUAUCAUGGUUUAUCGAUUUGUGUUCCAACUCUGUCAUCUCAAAGAAAUUAGGAAAUUCAUACCAAGCUGAACUCGAUAAGAUUCAGAAACAAAUCUUAAAAAUUGCUAAAUCAUCAAUCCAAAAAAUCGUUGAUCAUCAAAAGGAUGAUAAUCUUCAAAAGGAUGAUAUAGAUCAUUACUAUUCUAUCAAAACACAUCUAUCAAAGUUCAUCAAAGAUUUCAAUGUCAUGGACCAACAUUUGAUAGAAUCAAUGAAAUCAUAUUUCAAAACAUUCUCUGAAAUAAUUUCAAGAAACAUUGAUAAUUGGAAGAAAGAUGUCAUUCCAUUUGAAAAGAAUGCAAUUUCAGAUCUUCUUUCCAAACUCAAUACUCUCAGAAGAUGUGAUAAUGCUAUCUCAGCAUGUUCUAUUUUGAUAGGAAAUGUACCCACAUACAGAAUUGCAAUCGACCAAUUGAAAUCAAAGAUUCAAAAUCGUAUCAGUACUCUCUCAAAUGAUUUGGAUAGUUCGAAAUAUGAUAAAUCAGCAUCCACCAUUCUUCUUGUUUAUGAAGUAUAUAAUCAAUUAAAUGCACAUGAUGUUGUAUCAAGCAAUGAUCAUCCACUCUUGAUUGGAAUUGGACAAUCUCAUAUGGAAAUGUUGGUAAACACAGCAAAGAGAUAUUGGGAAAGUGAUGACCUUGAAAACUAUAAUCAAACCGCUGUUAGAGCCACCAACUUUGAAAAUCAUAUGAAUCGAAUUCCUCAAAUCAAUUCAAAUACCUUGGUGAAAUCUAUUGUUGUUGUUGCCAAAAAGCAUAUCGAAGAAUACUCAGGUCAACUCCACAACAAAGAUGGCAAUGAACUUGUUCCAAGUUUGACAAAGUUAAAGGAAUUUUCUGAUAGAUCACCACUUCUCAAAGAAUUUGUUAAUUUUAAUAUUAAAGUUGUUUUGGAUCGUUUUAUAGAAGCCCAUGGAUUAGGAAAAAUUCAACAAAUUGGAAAGGAACUUGAAAUCUCUGGUCGUCUUGGAAAAGAAAUCAUUUCUGAAUUCACACAAUUCACUGCAUAUAAAAUCUCAAUGUGGAAUACAAGAUCAGCAAAUCUACCCAUUGAAUACAUCUUGGAACACAUGACCGGUGAUGAGAUUUCAAAGGAAAUAUUGAAAUCAAGUUAUGAUUCAUUCUGUGCUCAAUAUCAGACAAUUGUGGAAAGAGAAGUCGUCAAAUAUCAAGAUGCUGCCAAGAAUAUUGUCACAAAUGCAAAGAUGAUUGCAGCCAGAAUACCUAAGAAAAUACAAUCCGAGACCUCAAGAGAGAAUGUCAUCAGUUUGUUGGCUCAUAUUUUCGCAAUGUGGACUGUUUCAAAAUCUGGUGAAUCAUAUGUUGCUCUUAAAUUUGAUCCAACUGUAUUAAUUCGCCCUCAUCAUGCUCAAGUUUUGGCAAUAAUGAGAUUACUAGGAAUUGAUACGAAAGAAUCUUGGAUUAAAAGUAAAUUAGGAAUGACUGGGGGUUCACCAUUUGACAAUCAUCUCAUUGAAAUAUUGACUGGUGAAGGAAAAUCAAUCACACUUGCAGUUCUCAGUACCCUUCUUUCACUUCUAAAGUUCAAGGUUUCAUGUGUUUCUUAUAGUGCAUAUCUAUCAAAUCGUGACUUUACUGCAUUUGAAGAUAUCUUUUCACUAUUUAGUGUCACUGAUAUGAUUACCUAUUCAACAUUCGGUGAAUUGUGUGAUUCUUUGAUCAAAGAAGGUGGUGAUGUCAGAACUCUAACAAAUCAAUUCAUGCACAGCAAAUUGAAACCAGCUACUAAAGAAAAUCCAACACCAUGUUCAAGAAUUCUUUUGAUUGAUGAAGUCGAUGUAUUCUUUGGUGAUUCAUUCUAUGGUCAAACAUAUAAUCCAGGAACAUCUCUUCAGUCAGCAUCAAUCAUUCAACUUUUUGAAUACAUUUGGAAGAAUCGCAAGAACAUUACAAUUUCUACCGUCUCUAACCAAAAUGAAUACAAGAAAGUAAUGGCUGAGUUCCCCGGACAUGAAACAAUUCUUUCUCAGAAGAUUUACUCUAUGGUUAGAGAUGUCAACAGCUACAAUAUUCCAGCUUAUGAAGUUGAUAAAGUGAAUCAGAGAAUUGGAUAUCGUGAUCAAGAUGGUAUUUCAUUUACAACAACCUAUGGAUCAAAAACAGCAUUUGCAUACAUUGCUGAAUAUGAACUUGGUAAUAUCACAGAAGAGGUUAUGAAGAAAAAUCUUAAACUCUCAAUUGUUUGUGGUCAUUGGUCGUUUGCAAACAUUCCAUUCAAAUUUGAAAGAAUUCUUGGAGUUACUGGAACUUUGAAGACACUAACACCAUCUUUAAUGAAAAUCAUCAAAGAUGAUUUCAAGAUCAACAAAUAUACAUUCACACCUUCAAUCUUUGGUAAAACACAACUUGAUUACAAAGAACAAGAUCAUGUUUUGAUGGAAGAGAACAAAGACCUCUGGUACAGAAAGAUUGCUGAAGAUAUCCUUGAGAAGACAAAGAAAGAAAGAGCUGUCAUCGUUGUCUUUGAAGAUGAAAAGAUAUUGAUCGAUUUUGAAACAUCACAUUACUUCCAACAAGUUGACAAGAGUUCGAAAUUGGUUGAAAGUACAAUCGAUAGAGAUACAGUGAUCAAGAAAGCAACAACAUCAAAUCAAGUAACACUCAUAACAAGAUCAUUUGGUCGUGGUGUUGAUUUCAUUGUCAAUGAUGAUAAAGUGAUUGAUAAUGGAGGUGUUCAUGUCAUUCAAACAUUCCUUUCAGAAGAGAUCACCGAAGAAAUUCAAAUCAAAGGAAGAACCGCUCGUCAAGGUCAGAAAGGAUCAUACAAGAUUAUUCUCCAAAAACCAGAUCUUGUGAAGAUGGGAAUGACAUCAGAGAGUCUUGACAAAGGAAUCAAGAGCGAAGGAUUCUACAAGAUGAUCGAUGAGAAGCGUCAAGAAUUGUUCUCUUUGAAAUGUGAGAAACAAAAGAAGGUUGUCAGUGAAGCCAAUGAACGGGAUAACCUAUCGAACAAAUAUUUAAGUUUAAUUUGCAAUUAUAGUGAAUCCAAGAAAUCUGAAAUUUCAAAUCUAUUAUCUCAAUUCAAUUAA